AUGACUACCAAUCUUGACCCCUACACCGCGAAGGCCGAAAAUAAGGAUCUCACCCCCCAACAGAAGAUCGAAGGACUGCACGAAAUCGUCCAAUCCGCCAAGACCGGUAUGCUCACCACAAGAUCUGCAGAUGGCCACCUUCACUCCCGUGCCAUGAUGCCCUCUGCUCCUUUCAGUGGUACUCAGUUGGCUCUUGCUUUUGUUGCCAACAACGCAAGCCACAAGUUUGAGGAAAUUGACAACGAUUCUCACGUCAACGUCAGCUUCUUCAACACUGAUACCACAAGCUGGGCUUCCUAUUCUGGAAGAGCUAGAGUCAGUAGAGACAAGGAAACAAUCGCCAAACAUUGGUCUACUGGUUUAUCUGCUUAUUUCGGUGAUCUCAAGGACGGUAUCCACAAAGGCGAUGAAAAUGAUCCACGUAUCUCUAUAAUUGAAGUGAUCCCCGAAGAAAUCAGGUACUGGGUGGCGACCAAGGAAUCCGUAGGACGGGCUAUCGAUACGGCAGUCAGUGCUGUCACCAAGAACUGCGCGGCACCUGGCGAAUUGAGGACUAUCUCCAAGGCGGAGAUUCAGCUGACACAGCGCAUGCAAUCGGCAUCUUGA